AUGUCGUCAGUCACCUUGACUAACGACGAGCAAGAUAUGGUUCGGUUGGAAAAGGAGGAACGCUUGGAGAAAGAGGAACGCCUGGAAAAAGACGAGCGCCUGGAGAAAGACGAACGCUUGGAGAAAGAAGAGCGCCUGGAGAAAGAAGAUCGACUGGAGAAAGACGAACGCCUGGACAAAGAUGUCGAACGCGGCGAGAAGGAAGAAGAUGUUCCAACACCAGCGGGAGACAAGGUCGAUUGGGAUGGGCCUGACGAUCCUGCCAAUCCGAUGAACUGGUCGACUGGCAAGAAAACCGCUCAGAUGGUGCUGAUGGCUGCAAACACAUUCAUCACCCCCCUCGCCUCGUCCAUGUUUGCCCCCGGCAUCCAGCACGUCAUGGUCGACUUCAACACCUCCGAUACCAUGCUGGCCUCGUUCGUCGUGUCCGUCUUCAUCCUGGGAUACGUGGUCGGUCCGUUUGUCAUUGCGCCGCUGUCGGAACUGUACGGCCGCGUGCCGCUCUACCACGCCUGCAACGUCCUGUUCCUCGUCUUCACCAUCGCCUGCGCCGUCGCCCAAACCCUGCCGCAGCUGAUCGUCUUUCGCUUGUUUGCCGGUGUUGCUGGUGUGUGUCCGAUCACGAUCGGCUCGGGGACGAUCGCCGACAUGAUUGCGCAAGAGAAGCGGGCUGGCAUCAUGGCCGUGUGGGCAUUGGGCCCUAUUCUCGGUCCCAUUGUCGGGCCAGUUGCAGGCGGCUUCCUGGCCGAGGCAGCAGGCUGGCGAUGGGUGUUUUGGGUCAUUGCGAUCGCGACCGGCGUGAUCAGCAUCGGCGCGCUCCUCGCCUACCGCGAGUCGUACGCCCCAGUCCUGCUCGCCCGCAAGGCCGCCAAACUCCGCAAAGAGACAGGCAACCCGUCGCUGCGCUCCGUCCACGACACCGGCCGCACCCCGAAGCAGGUCUUCGUCGACGCCUUCACCCGCCCGAUCAAAUUCCUCUUCCUCUCGCCCAUCGUCUUCCUCUUCUCGCUCUUCGCCACCAUCUCCUACGGUUACCUCUACCUCAUGUUCACCACCAUCACCAGCAUCUUCGAAGGCCAGUACGGCUGGUCCUCGGGCGUCGCAGGCCUCGCCUACCUCGGCUUCGGCAUCGGCAGCAUCAUCGGCCUCGUGAUCAGCGGCGCCAUCGGCAACAAAAUCGCAAUCGACCAUACACGCAGGGGAAUCUUCAAGCCCGAGUCCCGUCUCCCGCCCAUGGUCUUCGGCUCCCUCGCUAUCCCCAUCGGCCUGUUCUGGUACGGCUGGAGCGCCGACGCCAAAACACACUGGAUCAUGCCGAUUAUCGGCACCGGCAUCUUCGCCAUCGGCCUGAUGUGUGUGUUUAUGGUUGCGAACACUUACCUCGUCGACUCGUACCUCCUGCACGCGGCGUCCGUGACGGCCGCCAAUACGGCGCUGCGGUCGCUGGGUGGUGCGCUGCUUCCUCUCGCUGGUCCGGCGAUGUAUGAAGCGCUGGGUUUGGGAUGGGGGAAUUCGCUCCUCGCGUUCAUUGCGCUGGUCAUGUGUGCUUGUCCCGUGCUGUUUUGGAAGUAUGGUGAGAUGAUUCGGACGCAUCCACGGUUUCAGAUUCGUUUGUAG